GGACACCGCUUCACUCCGCAUCGUACAAGGGCCAUAUCGAUGUAGUCAAGUUGCUUCUAGAGAAAGGGGCCGACGUCAAGGUUGCAGACAACGACGGAUGGACACCCCUCAACUUGGUCUCCAACGGUGGCCAUAUCGAUGUAGUCGAGCUGCUUCUAGAAAAGGAGGCCGACGUCACGGUUGCAGACAACAACGGAUGGACACCACUCAACUCCGCAUCGUGCAACGGCCAUGUCGAUGUGGAGGCCGACGUUACGGUUGCGAACAACAACGGACGGACACCGCUUCACUCCGCAUCGUACAAAGGCCAUAUCGAUGUGGUCAAGCUGCUUCUUGAGAAGGGGGCCGACGUCACGAUUGCAGACAACGACGGAUGGACAUCACUCUACUCGGCAUCGAAGGAGGGCCAUGUCGAUGUAGUCAAGCUGCUUCU